AUGUCUUCGUAUUUAAAGACUUCUCGAAAUGAAACAAAAGGCAAAGAGGCAAUAAAUAAGUUAACGAAUGAAUUUAAAACAAAUCAACAAAAAAGACAAGAUUUACAAGAUUUUGGUGAAUUCAAUUCUUAUCUGAUAGGAGGAGGAAUAUCGGGGGUAGAUAUUAAUGCUUUAAUUGAAAAUGCACUUUAUCAGACUAAAGUUGAUCCGGAAGUUGUUAUUGCCGCUGCAAGAUUAUUUGUUUUAGCCAACCAAGCAAGAAAUUAUAACGGUUAUUGUUUUGUUGAAUCGAAUCAAAAUGUUGUUGAAGCUACAAAUCGAUCAAGUGCCAUGUCUUUAUCAAAUUUACUUCUACCGGACGAAGCUAGCCAAUCUUCCAAAACUACGUAA